CAGAGCUUGAAGUUUCCUGCAGCAGAUCCACACAUCCAGCUCCUACUGCCUCAACCACCAGCUUCCAUACGUGGGACUGAACAGACACUGGCUUCUCCUCCUGUUUGCUGCUGACGGACGACUAACUUCACCCCUUCACCGCUCUCCAUCCAACAGACAAAGAAAGAAAAAUGAAGAUCACCAUCAUAACGUUUUGCCUCAUUGGAGCAGUUUUUGCCAACCCAAUUUCUUUCAAUGCCCUUCUGGACACAAGUGAGCUUGAUUCAAACUCGACUGAAAGUUCGUCUGUUUCACAAUCGUCUGAAAAUAACACCUCAGAGCAGAGCUCUGAAGAAAGUAACUCAGAUCAAAGUUCAGAAUCAGAAUCGUUAGAAUCCACAUCAGAGGACAAGACAUCGGAGGAGAGUGACAGUCAGUCAGAUGAGUCAGAUGGGAGUGACUCGAUGACUGAAACCAGAGAUAACAGCAUGAGCAGUGAGGAGAAUGUUCGAAGGAGUUGGGUUCAAGUCUUUCAUGUCGUGCAAGACCUGAGCGGCGAGGACAACAGCAGCACAGAGGUCAAAGGUCAAGAGGAGCAGCUGAGCACCCUGGAGCCCACCCCCACGAUUGAUAAUCAGGUGGAUAAUCCCAGCAGCAGCAGUGAAAGCUCAGACACCAGUGAGGCCACCGCUGCUCCCACCACCAGCGAGAGCAGCAGCAGUGAAAGCAGCGAGACCAGCGAGACCAGCGAGACCAGCGAGAGCACAGAGGACAGCGACAGUGCCGAGGUCCAGCAGAUGAAAACCAGUGACUGUGUGAAUGGAACCCAGAGCUGUGAAAGCGACGAGUACCUCUUCCACGAUAUAGGAGACGACGCCCAUUACGGUGUGGACAAUCUGAUGGCGCCGGACGACGACGAGAGGGAGCUGACUCUACGGAGAUGAUCACGUGCACUCGUGCAGCUUUAAUUUUCCCACUAUGAACUACACAACCAUUAUAAAUGACUUGAAUGAAGACUCUCAUGUUUCCUCUUGCCCAUCGCUUCUGAAUGUUGAUUUCCUGCAUUAUACUGUUACCUGCAGCUGAUUUAUUGUGUUACGUGUGACUAUUAUUAUGAUGUAGCCAAGUAUUUACUUUGUUUUGAUAAUAAUAAACAAAUAAUAUAACCCUG